AUGUCGGGCGCCUGCGUGUCAGGCAUGUCCCCGGAGUCAGCCUGCGGCAAGCUGACGGGCAUCAGUGACCCCGUGACCGUCAAGACGUCCGGCUCCAGGUUCGGGUCCUGGAUGACCGACCCUCUGGCCCCCGAGGGCGACAACAGGGUGUGGUACAUGGACGGCUACCACAACAACCGCUUCGUGCGCGAGUACAGGUCGCUGCAGGACUUCAUGACCACGGACAACUUCACGUCGCACCGGCUGCCGCACCCCUGGUCGGGCACGGGCCAGGUGGUCUACAACGGCUCCAUCUACUUCAACAAGUUCCAGAGCCACAUCGUCAUCCGCUUCGACCUGCGCACCGAGAGCAUCCUCAAGCAGCGCAGCCUGGACUACGCCGGCUACAACAACAUGUACCACUACGCCUGGGGCGGCCACUCGGACAUCGACCUGAUGGUGGACGAGAGCGGGCUCUGGGCCGUCUACGCCACCAACCAGAACGCCGGCAACAUCGUGGUCAGCAAGCUGGACCCCGUGUCGCUGCAGGUGCUGCACACCUGGAACACCAGCUACCCCAAGCGCAGCGCCGGCGAGGCCUUCAUCAUCUGCGGCACGCUCUACGUCACCAACGGCUACUCGGGCGGCACCAAGGUGCACUACGCCUACCAGACCAACGCCUCCACCUACGAGUACAUCGACAUCCCCUUCCAGAACAAGUACUCGCACAUCUCCAUGCUGGACUACAACCCCAAGGACCGCGCGCUCUACGCCUGGAACAACGGCCACCAGGUCCUCUACAACGUCACCCUCUUCCACGUCAUCCGCUCCGACGAGCUGUAGGGCCCCCGCCCGGAGCCAGGCCCCGGCCCCGCCCGCGUGGAGAUCCCUCGAAAGCGGCUGCCAAAGUGACCCUCGCGAUACCGAUCACACGGAUUCGGGACGCCCGGCCGCCGCGUGGCGCGGGGCAUCGCGCGCGGGCACGGCCUCCGCGUCCCUCCGGCUCCGGCCGGAGGGCGACGGAUUUGGGGAGAGGCCCCCCCCAACUUUGCAGCUGGAACUGCAGCCCAGGGCUCCCCUCGCCCCCCACCCCUUCAGCCCCCUUUUCGGUCACAUGACAUACUAGAGAAGUAAGGCGUGUCCGCGGCCAGUUCUCGCCCAGGACGGCCCGCCGUUAGGAUCGCAUGGACUCUCCUCAGGUCGAGGUCGGUGCCGGUGGGCGGCUCGGCGUGGCCCCCCGGGCUCCCGGUCGCGCUCGGCGUCCGGAGGCUCGACUCGGGCUCCUCUAGUGUCCCCAUCCCGGCGGCUGCUCCUCGACCACGUGUCGUGUCUUAGAUUCCCGUGCGAGGCCCCCGUAGCCUGUGCCCCUGUCCGUGCCCGCGGCGGCCGGGCGCGUGGCGCGUGUGGCGGUGCCCGCCGCGCCCGCCGUAGUGUGUUGUGCAGUGUGUCUUGUUCCUUGAGGUGGUCCCUGUGCGUGGUUUGAAGUGGGUGUUGUCAUGCCGUAGUUUGGACCCGUAAGCGGGUGGUUCUUGUUGCUACAAAGAAAAAUAAUCCUCAGUGUUCGCCCUUGUAGAGAGAGAGCCAAGUUCACGGCGAGGUGGUCAGAGGGACGGCUCUCGUCCAGUCCGACCUCUGACCCGGUGACCCCUGGGGGAGGGCUCGCGGGGAGACUCCGUUUCCGGCGGGAGGGGAGUGUUCCGGGGCGCCGAGUGCGGGACGUACCGUUUUAAGUAGAAAGAGGGGAACUCUGUGCUCUCCAGUUUCCUAAGGAACAAUAAACGUAGUCGGAGACUU